CAGUUUUUUGGUAUUGCGGUCAACGAGACUGUUUUGUCACUACAAAAAUCACCCGGUAGGAUAUUGUUCCAUUUACAAUAUUAAUCAAUUUAGAUAAUAAUAUUACGUUUUUUGCACAUUCGUUUGAAAAAGUCUAUAUGUUAAAAAAAAACAAACAUUUAUUACCUUACUAUAGUGUCUGUGCUUUUUUUAUUCAUUACAUUUUUUUAUUUCACAUUUGGGUGAUUAUUGUUUUUCAAAAUUAUAUCUUACAUAAUAAUAGUCUUAAUUUCUCUUCCAUUCAAAUGAAUGGUGAAGAGAAAACCUGUUCAAGUGACAUCUUUUCAACAUAAGAAGUGUGCUCCAGUGUCCAGUACUUACACCGUCUUAAGUGUGUGAAAUAGCCGUCCGAAGAUUGUGUCAGCCACCCACGAACAAAAGCGAAGUUCAUAUAAAGGAUUGAAAUGAAUAUAACCAGGGUUGUGUUGAUUUCCUCGCGCUGGUUGUCCUUGUAAGCUGGAGGAGGUGUACGGUGUACCUAUACACAGACGAAACUGGUUCAUCGAAGCCCUCUGGUGGACACAGAAUGAGUUUCUCUUCAAUACUUUCUAGUUGUCAUUUAUUAGAUGUGUGUUAUGCGUCAGUCACCAUUAAAAAAAAAAUCCAUGUGUUUGUACAGAAUUGAAACUGUUGGGAGUAGAGAAUCCAGACGAAGAUCCGGUAAAUGAGGGGAAGCUACUUACAUUGACCUGCACGGCGCGGGGGUCUGAGAGUAUGCAGUUUAGAUGGUUCAAGGAUGGAAGACCAUUCAACAUGACGCUAACACACAGGAACGCUUGGGAAAUUCGUCUACCCGAAACCAUACGAGGGAAACGCAUAUCGGUCUUAAAUAUAGAUGGUGUCACCACAUAUGACAAAGGUAAUUUUAUUAUGAACAAAUAGUCUGAAUGACUUUUGCAAUUCUGAUUUGAUAACAUUGUAUUGAGACUUCAUUAUUCAGUCACAAUUAAUUGUAAUGCAGCUGUUUUCUUACCAUCAUAGUCACUGCAAAGCACCCUGUUUUAUUUUAAAUAUAUAUUUUUUUUAAAUAUGUUUUCAUUAUUUUUUUGAAAUAACAAAUAUCAAAUAUUGAUCAAAUUUUUUUCAAAUGCCUGAAAAAUCAAAUAUUUAUUAAAAAAAUUUGUAAUCAAUAGAAAUUAAAAUUAAAACCUAAAGUAACUUUCAUGUCACAAAGGCAUUUCCCCCCAUUGCUAUUGCAAGUCUUUGGAUGCAAAUACAUUUCUGGUAGUUGCAAUUUCCAAAUUGUUAUAGAAAUGGAAUGUUUACACAAAAAAAAAAGAAAUGUUAUCAUCUUAAUUUUUAAAAAAAAAUUAAUAAUAAUUAUUUUUUUAAAAUCUAUCAUUGCUUUGUUAAUCAGAGGCGUAGCGAAGGUCGGGCAGAGGGAGGGGACAGAUAUCCCCGGGCGCCAGCUAUUUUUGGGGCGCCAAAAUGUUAUUGGAUAUAAUUUUAUUUAUGAAAAUAGGGGAUUUGAGAGUUGAAAAACGAAAAGGGGGCGCUUUAAAAUGAAUCUUGUCCCCGGGCGCCAAACACUCUCGCUACGCCUCUGUUGUUAAUCCUAGAUUCAUCAUUUCCAAAAUACAAGCAUUUCCGAUUUUUAGUUGUACAUUUAAAAAUGUUAAAUAAGGGAAAUAAUGUGAUUAAAUAAGAUAUUUAUAGUUGUUUAAGUUGGUUCCCUUGGGAAAAAAAAGUUUAAAUUCCGUCCGAAAAUUAGAUUUUUUCCAUAUUUUUUCUCUAUGAUUUAUUACUUUUAAAAAAAAUUCAUAUUCUUAUCAGUUAUCAGUUCUUCUUUUCUUUAAAAAAAAAAUGUAAGCCUUCAAAUUUUUUCAGGAGAGUUUACUUGUGAAAUCAGCGAUUUCGGUCGCAGCAUAAAUGGUUCCGUGCUUCUUAAUGUUCGUCCCUACCCUGUGAUAGAGGUAAAGCCCCUUUCUGCCAGCAUUGAGCAGGGCAGUUCUCAAGUUAUCAGGUGA